AGAACAGGGAAGUGCAGUUCCACUAGUGGGAUAUUUCCCUUUCCCAGGCAGUCCCCACCCUGUGAUUUUACAGGGAGGGGGAGAGGGAAGCAGGUUAAGAGUCAUCUCCACAGAGAGGGAGACCUGACAAUGUAGGAGCAGCGGGCGCCGCCACCUCAUUCUUCUCCGAGACAAUAGCUGCCGCGCAUCCUACCUGCCCCCAUUCUGUCCUCCCAUGGAGGGGGGAGAAGAAGCAUGUCCGCCCGGGCUGGUGGGUGGAGGUGCCCGACACACCGGCUGCCUGGCCCCCGUGCUGUGCUCCCUCUCCAGUCCACCAUCGCUGCGCUAGGCUGUCAGUGUCUCGUGAAUGGUGCACCAUGACGCUUCAGCAGCACUGACAGGCGCCCCCUCCCCGUCUCCAUGAUGAUGGCAGCGCCAAAGGAUGCCUGUGACCUGAAGACUGCCAGGCUAUGGAGGGACGCGGCUCUGCGCUCCAGGAAACUGCGGAGCAGCCUGCGCCAGCUCACCCUCAGCUGCGGCGAGCAGAACAAGCUCAUCCUCCCCGAGGACCUCGGCGACGUGGAGGUGCUCAAUCUGGGCAACAACUCCCUGGAGGACGUGCCCGAUGGCCUGCGGAGCCUGUCUGCCGGCAACCUGCACGUCCUCAUCCUGCGCAGGAACAAGCUCCUCAGCGUGCCCUCCGCCGUGUACGAGCUGGGCAGGCUGACCGAGCUGGACAUGAGCCACAACCGGCUGAGCUGCCUGACAGAAGCGGUGGGCUUGCUGAGCCAGCUGAAGAAGCUCUGCCUGAGCCACAACAAGCUGCAGACCCUGCCCAGGCAGAUCGGCUCCCUGGUCCACCUGGAGGAGCUGGACGUGAGCUUCAACCGGAUCAGCCAGCUGCCCGACGCCCUGCAGGGUCUAGCCCGCCUCAGAGCCCUGGACCUGGACCACAACGAGCUGUGCAGCUUCCCUCAGCAGAUCCUGCAGCUGCCUGCCCUGGAGGAGCUGGACUUCUCUGGGAACAAGAUGCUCUGCAGUAGCGGCUCCCUUCCUGAUGGCAUACGGGCCAUGAAGCCUCUGAAGAUACUGUGGCUGAGCAGCACUGGCCUCUGCACCUUGCCGGACUCUUUUUGUGAGCUGACCAGUCUGGAAAGCCUGAUGCUAGACAACAAUAACCUCUCCUCCUUACCUGAGGGCUUUGGGGCUCUGCAGAAGCUGAGGAUGAUCAACCUGUCCUCCAACUCCUUCCAGGAUUUCCCCAAGAUCCUCCUGUGCCUCCAGGAACUGGAGGAGCUCUACUUGAGUCGGAAUAAAAUGACUGUGCUACCAGAGGGCAUCUCCAGCUUGUUCAGGCUGGUCACUUUGUGGCUGGAUAACAACAGGAUAAGGUACCUGCCGGACUCCAUUGUGGAGCUGGGCUUGCUGGAGGAGCUGGUGUUGCAAGGUAACCAAAUAGCAAUUCUCCCAGAUAACUUUGGGAAGCUGUCAAAAGUCAAUAUCUGGAAGAUCAAAGACAACCCUUUAAUCCAGCCUCCUUAUGAGGUGUGUAUGAAAGGGAUCCCUUACAUUGCUGCUUAUCAGAAGGAACUUGCCCAUUCACAGCCUGCAGUAAAGCCUAGGUUAAAACUGGUCCUCACAGGCCUGAAGGAAGCAGGCAAAACUGUACUGAGACAUUGUCUGACUGAUGGUCAGCAGGCCAGCUGCAUACUGGGAAAUACAGGGAUUGAGGUCACCAACUGGACAGCUGAUGCGGAGCGGGGAAUUACUUUCAUAGUGUAUGAUUUAGCUGGGGACCAGAGCUAUGACAUAAUCAACCCCUUCUUCCUCUCCCCCGGUGCUUUAUAUAUCCUAGCAGUUAAUCUAAAGUCCUAUGUUUCUAAGCAGUUUUAUAUGUCUGUAGGCCAUUUUCUACAUUUUAUCAGUGCCAAGGUACCACAUGCAGUUGUAUGCAUCGUAGGGACUCAUGCAGAUUUAUGUGAGGAGACGGACAUUGAGGAGAAAUGCCUUGAUAUACACCACCAGAUAGCUCUGCAGGAGAAGAAGGAUUCAGAGACCUUACAGAGUCUGGCACAGACUGUUGAUGAAGCCCUCAGCCAAGACUAUGACAUGCGUGCCUCAAACCCUCAUGCAGCUUUUUAUGGUGUCAGUGAUAAGAACCUGAGGAGGAAGAAAGCCCAUUACCAAUAUUUAAUGAAUAACCGUCUUCAGAUCCUCUCCCCGGUCCUCUGUGUUAGCUGCCACAAUUAUUCUAACAUUAGGCGCUUGAGGGAAAAGCUCCUUUCUGUGGCGGAGCACAGAGAGAUUUUCCCAAAUUUGCAUAGAGUUCUUCCCAAAUCCUGGCAAAUGCUGGAGGAAUUGCACUUUAAGCCUCAGGAGCUGUGGCUGACCUGGUGGGACUCGGCACGCCUAGGCCUACAGGCUGGCCUAACUGAGGACAGGCUACAGAGUGCCCUGUCUUAUUUACACGAGAGCGGCAAGCUGCUCUACUUUGAAGACAAUGCGACUCUUAAAGAGUACGUUUUUCAUAAUCUGACUAAACUGAUUGACAUUUUGAAUGUCUUUUUCCAGAGGGAUGCCUCUGUCCUACUGCAGAAACUUAUGAGUGACACUAAUGUGGAUGACCUGAGGGCUACCCAAUUCCAUCAUUAUGUGGAAGGGUUUCUACUUCAUGGACUUUUGCCCACUCAUGUCAUUAAGUUACUACUCAAACCACAUAUCAAAACCCAACAAGACUUGCAACUCAUACUAGAACUUCUGGAGAAGAUGGGCCUCUGUUACUGUAUGAAUAAACCUAAGUCCAAGCCGUUGAAUGGGGCCACAGCUUGGUAUAAGUUCCCAUGCUACGUAAAGAAUGAGGUGCCUCAUGCAGAGGCUUGGAUCAAUGGUACCAACUUAUCAGGACAAUCUCUGGCGGUGGAACAGCUUCAGAUAGAAUACAGCUUUCCGUUCCUGUUCCCACCUGGCUUGUUUGCCCGCUUUAGCGUCCAGAUUAAUAGUCAUAUAGUGCACCGUUCAGAUGGUAAAUUUCAGAUCUUUGCCUACAGGGGAAAAGUGCCAGUUGUGGUGAGCUUUCGACCUUCAAAAGGAGCCUUACGGUCAGACAUUUUGUCUAUUGCCAGCCAUGCCUCACUGCCUAAUAUCUGGACGGCAUGGCAGGCCAUAACACCCUUGGUGGAAGAGCUGAAUGCACUAUUACUGGAAUGGCCAGGCCUAUACUACACAGUACAUGUUCUGUGCUCCAAGUGCCUUAAAAGGGGAUCACCAAAUCCACACACCUUCCCAGGAGAGUUACUGACUCAGCCAAGACCAGAAGGGAUAAAAGAAAUAGUGUGUCCUAAAAAUGGCAGUGAGCGAGUGAACGUCGCCCUGGUUUAUCCCCCUACUCCCACAGUGAUCAGCCCCUGCUCCAAGUAACCACCCGGCAUCCGCUUCUCUGCUGCCGUAUUUAGGAACUGUCAAAGCAAAGUUGGAAAGGAAGAAAAUUUUACAAAUGAGACAAUCAGAGCCCCCGAGAUAUUUCUCAAAGAACCUGGAUAUUUGAACAUUUUGGAAUGCAGCAAAGGCACACCUCUUAUUCACUGACGGGCACCAAUACUACUUCAAAGCUUUAAGGAAACAUAAAGAAUAUAUUAAUUUAUUGCUGCUUACAGUUUAUGGGCAGAAAUGGAUGUUCUGCAACCCUGGACACGACGUGGACUUUUAUGGACAAUAAAGAUUGUUGUUGGUAUUGGGUUAUGUUCUUACUUUACUGUAUAGAUAUCUUUCAGCAGUUAUAUAUCACAUGAGAGGUUGUGGGAAUUAAACAGAUGGCUAUGUUAAUGGCUUCUCAGGGAUUUGCUUGCCAUGCACUUAUAAGCCAUGACAUGUCACAUUGUCGCAUUGUGAAUAUAUGCUCUUCAAAUGUCAAAGUCCGCUAAAGAUCAUUGGGAUUUGACUUGAACAAAAUAUCAUUUUCUUUUUAUAUAUACUGUACAAAAGAAAAAGCACAUUAAAUUUAUACAUCUUUCAAAAUCUGA